AUGAAGUGUAAACCAAUUGAACCAUUUCAAAGCUUUGCUGGUCUGAGCGGUGAGAACUUUACCAGCUAUCGUCAUCACAGUGAAGCAGAGCAAAAUGACACUUCGACAACCAGGGAAUAUACUUGUGCUGAGUUUAAUGAAGCACUCCGCUUGAUUAAUCAGGAGACUUUGCCAUGCAAAGAUAUUCUGGAUGAGUUUGCCAUGAGAGCAAACAUCACUGAACCAUGCUAUUUCACAGUGAAAUUACAUGAUAUCUGCUCAAGCUUCAUCUCAUCAGUUUUAGCUGAUGGACGCAAGUAUAUGGGUGAGAGGGGCGCAACGGUGCAAGAGGCAAAUGAAAGUGCAGCUCGUGCGGCGAUCAAGUCAAUCCUUGCUGCAAGAAACCACCACAUGUUGGAGAGCGUCAGGUCAUACCGACCAACAAUCCAAGGACAGCAGUCAGGCCAGACAAGUGCCCAUCCUGAAGUAGCUUUUGCAGCAACUACCGCUGAUUACAUUCCUUGUCCCCCCCAAUAUAUGGUGCACACAGUACCAUUUGUUCCUCAUGAUCAGACACAGUGGCGCCAUCCUGGUACUGCAGCACACAUGGCGCCAGUUCUUCCCCAUGAACAGAUGCAAUGGUGCCAUCCUACUGCAGUACACAUGCCAUUGGUUAUUCCUCAUCAGCAGAUGCAGUGGCACCAGCCUCCUGCAAGGAUGCCAUUUCUUCCACAGGGAGAAAUGCAAUGGCGUGAUCCUGCUGCUACACAUAUGCAGUUUCUUCCAGCUGAUGAACAGAUAUCAUGGAAUUCUCUAGCUGCACAUGCAUCUUCUGAAAUGUGGCAACUCCCUCAAGCUAUGGCUAGGGUUAAUCCUAUAGUGCAAGAUGGGCUUUAUAAUUCAAGCGUGGCUCAAGAUGAUGACAUGAUAGUAGAGGUUGGUUCAUAUGAGGAGGAUGUGGCUUUGAGUGGUACUAAGCGCAAAAUGGACCAAGCUGGAGAGCCUGAGGGAAAGCAUGCAAGGACUUCCCAGUAG